UGCGGCGGCGGCACGCGGGGCGCGUGGGGGUCGCUUCCGGGGUUGCUCCACGGUCUCUUCCGGGCGGGGCGCGCGGGUUUGUCUGGGCACGAGCUCAGGGCCGGCUCUGGGAUCGGGAACUGCAGGGCAGAAGGAUGAAGGUCCCGACUUCCGAGUGCGUCCCGAGCAUCGCCUUGGCCCAGCCGGGGCCUGUGACGAAGCUCGCUCGGAAGAAAAACAAGAAGAGGUUCUGGAAGAAGAAAGCUCAAGGGGGAAGCAGGAGGCCAGGAAGCGACCCCAGAGUUGUCGCGGAGCGACCUCCAAAAGCUCCAGAAGAUUUUUCUCAAAAUUGGAAGGCGCUGCAAGAGCUGCUGAAACAAAAAACACAGGCCCCAGAAAAGCCUCUUAUGUCUCAAAUGGAUGUCAAAAAGGAGCUCAGAACUAUUCAGCAGAAUGGAAAAGAGAACUCAGAUGAAUCAAAGGGAGAUGAGAUGCCAACAGAGACAGACCAGGAGGCCACCGGGAGCUCUGUUGCUUCUGCAUCUAAGAGAGAUAGGAUGGUACCACUACCUUCCACAAAGACCAAAGGAGCAGAGCACAAGAAAGGAGCUAAGAAAAGGACAAAUGGUGAUAUUCCUUCAAAACCAGGGGACAGCAAGCAUAAGAAGCAGAAAGCUAAGGAGGCAGCUGUGGCCUCGGCUUCAGCUGCACCCACUGAGGAAGACAUCUGGUUCGAUGAUGUGGACCCAGCAGAUAUUGAGGCUGCCAUUGGCCCAGAGGCAGCCAGGAUAGCACGGAGACAGCUGGGACAGAGAGAGAGCAGCAUCUCCCUGGUGAAGGAGCAGGCCUUCAGUGGCCUAACGAAAGCCUUGGCCAUGGAUUGCGAGAUGGUGGGCGUGGGUCCCAAGGGGGAAGAGAGCAUCGCAGCCCGCGUGUCCAUCGUGAACCAGUAUGGGAAGUGUGUUUAUGACAAGUAUGUGAAGCCGACCGAGCCUGUGACAGACUACAGGACAGCAGUCAGUGGGAUACGACCCAAGAACCUCAAGCAGGGAGAAGAGUUUGAAGUUGUGAAGAGAGAAGUUGCAGAAAUGCUGAAGGGCAGAAUUCUAGUGGGGCAUGCACUGCACAAUGAUUUAAAGGUACUGUUUCUUGAUCAUCCAAAAAAGAAGAUCCGGGACACACAGAAAUACAGACCUUUCAAGAGUCUUGUAAAGAGCGGAAGACCAUCUCUAAAACAACUUUCCGAGAAAAUCCUGGGGAUCAAGGUUCAGCAGGCAGAGCAUUGUUCUAUCCAGGAUGCCCAGGCAGCAAUGCGGCUCUAUGUCAUGGUGAAGAGGGAGUGGGAGAACAUCGUCAAAGACAGGCGUCCCCUGGCUUCCACCCCAGCCCACUGCAACAAGAAUGCCUAGUACCACCACCCUGCUGCUGCUGUUGCUCCUGCCCUCCAUCCUGUGUCAGCACCAGUGGUCCAGUAGCACUUGGGACCAGAUCAAGUCUCCAAAGCAGCAAUUCUGGUGAAACAUUUUCAAAACCAUGGCCAUGGGGGUGUGGUUUGCAAGCUGCUGGAACUUCUUCUUCCCUCUGGCUCUGCCACUGGGACCUAGUCCUGCCACAGCUCUGUGCUGGGGGAACAUGGCAGGCAUGUGUCCUAGGCACAGCUUGGAGGUCGGCAGUAGGUGACUCCAUCUUCUGACCAGCAGAAGAAGGAUGGACAUCUGUGCUGCUGUUCUGAUAAUGGACUUGGAUUCAGCCUGGGUGCUCAAUGCUUUCCCCUAGGAAGCCACCCCAUCCGUUGUCAUGGGAGGUGAGGUGUGCUGGACUUCAGGAACCCAAGCCUGAUACCUGCAGUUAGCUGCUGGCAUGCAGUUUACCGGAACACCAGCUGCCUCUUUGGGGACUUUCCUGUGGCCCUUGAGACUCAGUGCUCCUGUUCAUCUCAGGAGGCCAGCACCCAGCAAAGACUUUUCCCCACAGUGUACAUGAGACCUGGGACUACAGUUAGGACUGGAAGUCAGUACCUCUUGGUCUAAGACCCUGUGGAUAUUGGGGGGGAGGGGUAGUUUGACCUGGAAAGGCCAUAAGCUCCCAUGGGACUUAUUGGAGUUUAUGGUUUGAGGAUCUUUCUGGAAACGGGAGUGGAGUGACAGUCACACUGACCAGUGAUCAAAGCCCAAGGCUUUGUGGAGCCACCUGACAGCUGUGUAAAAAAGGUAUACCCACUGAGGAUGUCCACACUUAACAUGAAGGCAGAUGUUUGCCACAAAUGGAGCUGAAGGGACUGAGGGUGCAGUUAGAUAGAGUACUUGCCUAGCCUGUGCAAGGACAUGAGCCCCAAUUCUAGCACCACAAAAUAAACACAAGUGGAGUUUGUGGAGGCUCGAUUUCAAUUUCUUCACCUCAUCUAGAACCUCCUGAAGACUCACUAGCAGGCCUGCUUCCACUGGCCCAGCCAGGUUAGAGUCUGUACAAAGAACACCGAGUGUCUCCAUGG